GGGCUGCGCGCAUGCGCCGUGCCCUCGGUUCCGGGCAGGGGAGGGGGGGCAGGCAGCCGUCAGCAGAAGCCGGGCCCCGGCGGCGGGGGCUCCAUGGCGGCUCCCUUCGAGGAGCGCAGCGGCGUGGUGCUCUGCGGGACGCCCUGGGGCUGCUGGUACCAGACGCUGGAGGAGGUGUUCAUCGAGGUGCACGUGCCGCCCGGCACCCGGGCCAAGGACGUGAGCUGCAGCCUGCAGAGCCGCCACCUGGCGCUGGCCGUUGGGGGCCGGCAGCUGCUGCAGGGUAAACUUUUUGACUCUACAAUAGCUGAUGAAGGAACAUGGACGUUAGAAGACAGAAAACUGAUACGAAUUGUUCUGAUGAAGACAAAUCGAGAUGCUGGAAAUUGUUGGACGUCUCUGUUAGAAAAUGAUUAUGCUGCUGAUCCUUGGGUACAAGACCAGAUGCAAAGGAAACUUACACUGGAACGAUUCCAAAGAGAGAACCCUGGAUUUGACUUCAGUGGUGCAGAAAUUUCUGGAAAUUACAGCAAAGGAGGACCAGACUUUUCUAGCCUUGAAAAAUGAACUCUUUUCACCUGUGUUCCUGGAGAGAAAUUACACAUCGUACUGGAGGACUGGAAUAUGUAAUUGGUGAAGACUUCAGAGAUCUAGUCAGUGGAUUGUUGGCAAGUAAUUACUUCAGCAAAGAGAAAGGAGGUCUCUGAAGGGAUGCAAGACACAGACUCCUGAUGGCUCUUGAACAGGAGACAUUUAUUGCCCUUUUUUACUACGACAUAUACUUUCCCCAUAGCCCCACGCGCUGUCCAUGCGCCCGAAUCUGUCUUACAAGUGGUUUGAGACCCUCAGACACGCGCCUUGAGCCAGCCAGCAAUUGGCCACUGCCCAAAGCUCAUCUUUAACACUCUAGCCAAUUUACUUUAUCUCGACCUUGCUCAAGUUUUUGGUUCUACCGCUGUUUUCCUCAUUAUCUCUAACUCAGGGACGUGUGAAACAGCGCAAAGCCACCUGCGAAUUCCUUUCCCACAAAACAGCACAAAGCUCCCUGUGAAUUCCUUUCCCACAGGUCUCUUCUAGCAGAACGAAGACAGUGUCAGCAGCUGAUUCGUAAGCUGCAAUAACUUUCUCACAUUAAAAGGAUAAAAUACAUAAAAAGGUGUAUACAAAAAAGUAACAUCCUGAAGCAGAACACUUCUCUGAUACAACAGUAAACUAGUCAGUUAUAAAUAUACCACUUGUCUUUAUGUAAGAAUAUCUUUACUGUUGAAGAUGGAUCCUAGAAGCAAGAUACUGAAUAUUUUUUUCUUAACUUGCAACUAGAAGGAUAUUGGGAAGGCUACAGUUGCACUUUUGAAACAGACUUGCACUUUUAGCAGCCCUCUAAGAAUUUGUACCUUAUUCUAAAAUAGUGGUUAAUAAACUACUGCAUCUUGCCUCAA